UCUUACAAAAUGAUAUAAAAAUUAUUAUUUAGAUUUUUUAAUGACUCAUGACUUUUAAAUUGACCUUGAAAUAUUACAUGUACUUUGAAAUUAUCUCAUACAAUAGUUAUCUAUAAAGAACAAUGUAAUUCUACAGUUUUAGGAGUCAGUUCAAUGAUGAACUUAAAAAGAGCAACAGUACCGAUAUUUCUUGAAUCAUUUAAGUGCUUUCACUUAGAUUCGUACUUAAUAAUCGCAUAUACAGGAACAUUUUAUUAUUGUAUAUGUAAAAUGACUGCAGCGCCGAACUCAAACGCUUCUAAAUCUCCAGGUAUUGAAUUUGUAAUUGGAGGAUUAGCUGCAGUGGGAGCUGGAUUUUUUACGAAUCCAAUUGAUGUAAUAAAAGUACGAUUACAAUUACAAGGAGAGCUUGAAGCACGCCGUACAUAUAAAAAAAUAUAUAAGAAUACUCUACAUGCAGGCUAUUUAAUUGCAAAACAUGAAGGUAUAUGUGCUUUACAAGCCGGUAUUAUACCGGCUUUAUAUUUUCAAGUGGUGCUCAAUGGAAUACGGUUAGGUAUAUACAAUACAGCAAAAAAAUAUGAGUUAAUUACUAACGAUUCAGGAAAUACUGAUAUUAUAAAGACUGCAGUAGUAACUGGUACAGCUGGAUGUAUUGGAGCUGUUCUUGGCAGUCCGUUUUAUAUGAUAAAAACGCAAUUACAAGCACAAUCAGCACAAUCUAUAGCUGUUGGUUAUCAACAUAAUUAUUUGGGCACUUGGUAUGCAUUCAAAUCUCUAUGGAAAGAAGGUGGAAUAGUUGCUUUGUAUCGUGGCUGGUAUGCUGGUAUACCACGUAUUUUUAUAGGAUCUGCGACACAAUUAACCACUUUUGAUUUAGCUGCAGAUUGGUUGCGCUCAUCACAAGUAUUUACAAAUCAACCAAUAUUGUUAACUUUUUUUGCUUCCGUAAUUGGUGGAAGUUGUGUAGCAUUCACUAUACAACCAUUUGAUGUUUUAGCAACAAGAUUGUACAAUCAACGAAUGGAUGUAGAAGGAAAAGGUACAUUAUAUAAUGGACUUUUGGAUGCAUUUGUUAAAAUAGUACGAACAGAAGGACUGAUUGGCUUAUAUAAAGGAAUUUUUCCUACAUGGAUGAGAAUAGCACCACAUACUGUAUUAUGUUUAGUAUUUUAUGAAAAAUUAGAUCAAUUAUAUUAUAAUAUAUUUCAAAAUUAGCACAUAAUUAAAUUUUUAAAAUAUGUAGGAAGAAAAAAUUUUAU